CUGGCGACCUUCCAAUUGAACCUUGUUUCUCAGUUUCUUCUAUUUCAAUAGUCCAUACCUCUUUGACUCAUCAAAAAAAAAAAAAACAUUCUCUGAAUAUCAAAUUGCUUUUAAUUGACAAACCUUAUUAACUCUCUCUCUCUCUCUCUCUCUCUUAAAAUGACAAACCCAACUCAGCCUAUAAAUACGUUGUCCCUUAAUGACAAAGCAGUUUCAUUGCUCACAUUCAUACCUUCUAUCAUCCUAAAAACUUUUUGCACGUCUUUAAGACAAUUGCUUUUUUUCUCCAAAAGUGAAGGACAUGUCUCAACAAAGCCAAUUUCUUACACUUCUCAUAAUCUUAGCCUCUUUCUCAACCUGCUUUAGCAGUUACAAAGAGGACCCACAUGCUACUAAUGGAGGUCCCGAUCCUAUAGCCCACACUACAUCAAUGGGCACCAUCAACCUGGGUGAUAAACAUGAGCCAUGGCUUGUAGACUUCAUGAAGUCUCAGACCAAAAGGUUUGGUCUCACAACAAGGCUUAGCAGCGCAAGCACUUCACAGAAGCUGGUUAAUGUAGGUGACUUUGGAGCUAAAGCUAAUGGUGGAGAUGAUACUGAGGCAUUUAGGAAAGCUUGGAAGGUGGCUUGUUCUUCUGCAAAUAGUGCUCUUGUGGUUCCUGCAAAUAAGAACUAUCAUCUUAAGCCAAUUACCUUCUCAGGUCCUUGCAAACCAUAUUUUACCAUGAAGAUCUAUGGAACAAUUAAAGCUUCUUCUCACAAAUCAGAUUAUGAAAAAGAUACACUACAUUGGCUUGUGUUUGAGAAUCUUCAAGAUUUCAAUAUUGAAGGUGGCGGCACCAUCAAUGGCAAUGGGAGGAUAUGGUGGGAAAGCUCAUGCAAGAUCAACGAUAAACUUCCCUGCAAGCAUGCACCAACUGCUGUGACUUUCCAAGAUAGCAAGAAUGUGAGGGUGUCCAGCAUAAGGAUAAAAAAUGCACAGCAAAUGCAUCUUACGUUUCAGAAUUGUCAAAAUGUCGAAGCUUUGAAUCUUGUGGUGAUUGCACCAGGCAAUAGCCCCAAUACCGAUGGAAUUCAUGUCACAGGAACACAAAACAUUCAAAUACAGAACUGUGUCAUCAGGACAGGUAGUAGACCUAGAGAAGAAUGA